AUGGAGUUCACUCCUCCCCCAACCCCACUAUGUAGCCUCUCCCCCAUCCUACCUCUCCCCCAUCCUACCUCUCCCCCAUCCUACCUCUCCCCCAUCCUACCUCUCCCCCAUCCUACCUCUCCCCCAUCCUACCUCUCCCCCAUCCUACCUCUCCCCCAUCCUACCUCUCCCCCAUCCUACCUCUCCCCCAUCCUACCUCUCCCCCAUCCUACCUCUCCCCCAUCCUACCUCUCCCCCAUCCUACCUCUCCCCCAUCCUACCUCUCCCCCAUCCUACCUCUCCCCCAUCCUACCUCUCCCCCAUCCUACCUCUCCCCCAUCCUACCUCUCCCCCAUCCUACCUCUCCCCCAUCCUACCUCUCCCCCAUCCUACCUCUCCCCCAUCCUACCUCUCCCCCAUCCUACCUCUCCCCCAUCCUACCUCUCCCCCAUCCUACCUCUCCCCCAUCCUACCUCUCCCCCAUCCUACCUCUCCCCCAUCCUACCUCUCCCCCAUCCUACCUCUCCCCCAUCCUACCUCUCCCCCAUCCUACCUCUCCCCCAUCCUACCUCUCCCCCAUCCUACCUCUCCCCCAUCCUACCUCUCCCCCAUCCUACCUCUCCCCCAUCCUACCUCUCCCCCAUCCUACCUCUCCCCCAUCCUACCUCUCCCCCAUCCUACCUCUCCCCCAUCCUACCUCUCCCCCAUCCUACCUCUCCCCCAUCCUACCUCUCCCCCAUCCUACCUCUCCCCCAUCCUACCUCUCCCCCAUCCUACCUCUCCCCCAUCCUACCUCUCCCCCAUCCUACCUCUCCCCCAUCCUACCUCUCCCCCAUCCUACCUCUCCCCCAUCCUACCUCUCCCCCAUCCUACCUCCCCCCAUCCUACCUCUCCCUCACCCCCCACUUCUCUCCCCUCCUACCGUCAGUGCCCCAUCCCAUCUACCCACUACCUCCUCCCCCCUCCCCCCCACCACACUCUUCCCCCCACCUCCCAUUCCCCCUUUCCGCACCUUCCUGCUGUUUUGCCAUGGCUUCCACUGCAACGCGCGAGGCAUCAAUGCGGGCAAGGGCGGUGCGCAGCGAGGCGAGGGAGUCGCCGAGCAUCUUCACCUCGCCCUCCACCUGCUCGCGGAUCUGCCGCACCUGCUCCACCGGCAGGCGCGGAAUGUCCUUCACCGAUAUCUGUGAGCAGGGCGAGGAGUGGGGUGGGGUGGAACAGGGGCGGGGAACGCAGUGGGGCACGAUGGCAUGGCUUCACCUCGCCCUCCACCUGCUCUCGAAUCUGCCGCACCUGCUCCACUGGCAGACGGGGGAUGUCCUUUAUCGAUAUCUGCGAGGAGUGUCUGUUACCGAUAUCUGCAUGCGCCGUGGGAGGGAGUGGGGCGCAAUGGGGGGAGGGGAGCGGGCAGUGGGGCGUGGCGUUGGCAGGGCAUCACUGCUCUGCUCCACCAGCACGCGCGAUGUCGUUCAUCGGUACAUGCGGUGGGAAUGGGGUGCAGUGGGGAAGGGAAUGGGGCGCAAUGGGGGGAAGGGGGCGGGCAGUAGGGCAUGGGACAACAGGGCAUCAAUGCUCUGCUCCACCGGCACGCGCGGGAUGUCAUUCAGCGGUACAUGCGGUGGGGAUGGGGUGCAACGGCAGGGCGGAGGGGCGUAUCGGAUCGAUGGCGUGCGACGGCGAUGCGCGCUCGGCGGAAAUUGCGGGAUGGCCUUCAGCGCCACGUGCGCGCACGGCGAGGCGUCGUGGGCCGACGCGGGGGGACGUCGGGCGCGGGAUGCGAUGGGACGGAACGGCAGGGUAUGCGAUCUUACGGGAUAG